GUUUGUUUCCCACCACGCAUCCCAGCCCCUUGCAAACAAAAAGAGAUUUUCACUUGUCAUUUUCCAUAAUCAAUGCUGGAAUCAGCCUCCUCUCGACGUGGCCUCAAAUUAUAUAUAUAGCACAUAACAGCACAUCGAUCGAUCACUUGAGUGAGAGGCGAAUCCCAGGAAGGAAGACGGAGAAGCAAAAAAAUGGGCGUAGAUGGCACCCUGGAAUACUUGUCUGAUUUACUCAGCAGCAGCAAGAAGAAGAAGAAGAAGAAGCAAACACAAACUGUAGCCCUGAAAAUCAGAAUGGACUGUGAAGGAUGCGCUCGCAAGGUCAAGCACGUUCUUUCCGGCGUUAAAGGAGCUAAGUCGGUGGACGUGGACUUGAAGCAACAGAAAGCAACGGUGACGGGAUAUGUGGAGGCGAAGAAAGUGCUGAAGGCGGCACAGAGCACAAAGAAGAAGGUGGAGCUGUGGCCUUACGUGCCGUACACCGCGGUGGCUAACCCAUAUGUGGCUCAGGCCUACGAUAAGAAAGCCCCUCCGAAUAUGGUGAGGCGCGUCCCUGACACUGCCACCAUUUCUGAGACCACCGUCGACGAUCGUUACGUCCAAAUCUUCAGUGAUGAGAACCCAAAUGCUUGCUCCAUCAUGUAGCUUUACACGUACGUCUGCGUCUGCGUUUCUCUACAUCUCUUUCAGCUCUACUAUUAAAUGAGUUGUGAAUUAGGUGUGGCAUGUGUAUGAUGGCUGGGAUUUUUGAAGUCAUGAGUUUUAGGGAUCCAAAUAAUUUUCCUGCAAACAGCCCAAAAGUCUUUUUCAUUAAUUAAUUAAUUAGCCUGUGUAUAACCUGUGUUUAUUUGCCCCUAAAAAAAAAAAAGGACCUGUGCGUGUUGUUAU